AACAGGACAGGGUAAAACGGCAAUCCUGCAGUUAUUACUGACGGGAUUUCUAUCCCGUGUACCCCUGAGGCGUGUCCGGCGAGGAGUAAAACAUGAAAGCGGCAAUUCAGUGACACCGUUCUCAAUGGCUGUGCUACAACCUUAGGUACUGUUAUCCCCAUCGUGGCAGCUGAAACGGUGUUACCAGGGUCCUCCGACCCUCGGGUUCCGCGCCAGGUGUGUGUGAGCCGCCAGGGUGAUCCAGGCUGCCCCUAUGGAUCGCUUCAAUGGAUGCCUUCAAACCCCCUUUUAAUAAUACUCCGAGAGCCACCGGGUGUGUUACCCAGCCGCCGAAUGCAGAAAGGGAGGCUGUCUGUUGGCCAGUCCCACAGACACCCGAGAAUGGCACUGCAGCCGCCCCGGCUUCAGGACAAGCCGUCUCGGGGUAUUGGACGGCUGUCUUCGACUACGAUGCCAGUGCAGAGGACGAGCUUAGCCUGCGGAAGGGGGACCGAGUGGAGGUCCUGUCCAAGGAUUCCCUCGUCUCGGGUGAUGAGGGUUGGUGGACGGGAAUGAUAGAGGAUCGUGUUGGCAUUUUCCCGAGCAAUUACGUUAGCAUUGGGAAUGGCAUCUCUGAGAAGAUACGGGACAAGGGAGUGGAGGAUUACGCAGACUACUCGGUACCCUCAUUGCAAUUGCUGGAGAUUGACUUCUCGGAGCUGGCUCUCGAGGAGAUCAUCGGCGUGGGGGGCUUCGGGAAGGUGUACCGGGCGCUCUGGCGGGGCACGGAGGUGGCGGUGAAGGCGGCGCGGCGCGACCCGGACGAGGACGUGGGCCAGACCCUGGAGAGCGUGCGGCAGGAGGCCAAGCUGUUCGCCAUGCUGCGCCACCCCAACAUCAUGGCUCUGCUGGGCGUGUGCCUACAGGAGCCCAACCUCUGCCUGGUGAUGGAGUACGCCCGCGGCGGCUCGCUCAACCGCGCCCUCUCCGGCAAGCGCAUCCCGCCGCACACGCUGGUGGACUGGGCCGUGCAGAUCGCCCGCGCCAUGCACUACCUCCACUGCCAGGCCAUCGUUCCCAUCAUCCACCGGGACCUCAAGUCCAGCAACAUCCUGAUCCUAGAGAAGGUGGAGAAGGAGGACUUGAGCAAUAAGACCCUGAAGAUCACAGACUUCGGCCUGGCGCGCGAGUGGCACCGCACCACCAAGAUGAGCGCCGCUGGCACCUAUGCCUGGAUGGCUCCCGAGGUCAUCCGCUCCUCCACCUUCUCCAAGGGCAGCGACGUGUGGAGUUAUGGGGUGCUGCUGUGGGAGCUGCUGACAGGUGAAGUGCCGUUUCGUGGGAUCGACGGGCUCGCGGUGGCGUACGGGGUGGCCAUGAACAAGCUGGCGCUGCCCAUCCCAUCCACCUGUCCCGAACCCUUUGCCCGCCUUAUGGAAGAUUGCUGGAACCCGGACCCCCACGCUCGCCCUCCCUUCACCAGCAUACUGGACCAGCUGACGGCCAUAGAGGAGUCGGGAUUCUUCGAGAUGCCAGCUGAGUCAUUCCAUUCGCUGCAGGAUGACUGGAAGCUGGAGGUCCAGGAGAUGUUCGACCAGCUGAGAGCCAAGGAGAAGGAGCUGCGCUCGUGGGAGGAGGAGCUGAGCCGGGCCGCGCUGCAGCAGAAGUGCCAGGAGGAGGCGCUGCGGAGGCGGGAGCAGGAGCUGGCCGAGCGCGAGAUCCACAUCCUGGAGCGCGAGCUCAACGUCAUCAUCCACCAGCUGUACCAGGAGAAGCCGCGCGUGGAGAGCCGGCAGGGCAAGUUCCGCCGCAGCCGCCUGAAGCUGAAGGACGGGAACCGCAUCAGUCUGCCCUCAGAUUUCCAGCACAAGAUCACCGUGCAGGCGUCGCCCACCCUGGACCGGCGUCGGAGUCUGAUGGGCAGCAGCUCCAGCCCCCCGACCAGCCCCCCUCUGCUGCCCCGUCUGAGGGCGAUACAGCUUACUCCAGGAGAAGGAGGGAAGGCCUGGGGCCGGAACGCAGCCUUCCAGCAGGAUGAGGAGGAGGAGAGGAAGGGUCCCCGGAGGAAGGGCCGUGCCUGGGGGUCAGGGUCACACUGUUCCCAGGAUCAGCACAGCACUGAUACAAGCAGCACGAAGGCCCUGUUGGAGGGGAACAGACAGAGGUCUUCCAGUGCCCCCAACCUGCGACGGUCACCCCGACACAGCCCUGCGGUUCCAGGAGUGCCCAGCCUGGCGGAGAUGGAGAACGAAGACAGUUGCUACACCACGGAGCCUAUGGAGUCCCCCAGCCAGUCGUACCUGUGCAUCCCCUUCCACAGAGAAGGGAACAGUGGAGAGGGCAGCAGCGGGGAGCAGAGCGCCACGGGGCACCCCCCGGACACGCCCCCCAGCUGCUCGCGGCGGAGCCCGAGCGGGAGGCGCCGGUCGGAGCUGGUCCUCCUGGGCUGCGGGGCCCUGCUGGCCGCCGUGGGGCUGGGGUUCGACCUGCUGGGCCUGGGCCGGCCGGAGGAGAGCGCCAGGCCGCGCUGGGAGGGCUUCUUCCAGCGGUCCGGCGGCCAGCGUCGCAGCACCAGCCCCCCCACGCGCAAGCUGUUCCGCCGGGAGAGCCCCCUGCGGCCCCCGGCCCCCCUGCCCGAAAGGGUGUUCCCCUCCUCCCUCACCCUGCUGUCGCUCUCCUCCGUGUCCGACUGCAACUCCACACGCUCCCUGCUGCGCUCCGACAGCGAGGAGCUCCUCGUCUACCGGCCCGCCUCCCCCCAGGCCCCCCCGCAGCCGCCCCCUCCGCUCAACCCCCUUGUCAACACCCACCUGGAGAGCUUCAAGCGCCACCCCCGGCAGUCUCUCACCCCCACGCACAUCCCGUCCGCCCCCAGCGCCUCCCGCAGCCUGCACCGGACCCCCUCGGACGGAGCCAUUAAGAGGGGGUGCCCCCCGAGCAACCUGCACCCUCUGCCAGUCAAGGGGGCUGAAACUACAGCAGUAAGCCCGAAGGGCCCGAAAGACGAUACUGCCGAGGUCCCCCGCUUGCCCGACCCGAACGUGGUGUUCCCUCCCACCCCUCGCCGCCGCUGCCCUCCGGAGCGACCGAAGACCCUGGACUUCCUGGCCCGGCCCCGCCCCUCCCCCCGGGGCCGCCGAGAGGGGGCGUACUGGGGCGACUCCCCUGGGGCCCGGGGCCGAGGGAGCGGGCACGGCAGCCGGGAGUCCCCCGCUCACACCUCCAGCACAGAGACGCCUCCCACCUUAGAGUUCGGAGGGGACGCGGCGGUGCCCCCCACGCCCAUGAACCCCCCCACGUCCUGUUCCCCACGGAACUGUGGGAGCCUGCUGGACGAGCGUGAUGAGGGCCAGCGCAGGGACGAGACACUGCCCCUCUGCAGGCCGGAGCCCAGCGUGCCAAAAGACUCGCCCUACCGGCUCCGGCCUGGCUUUUGGUCAUAGAUCAGUGUUUUCCCAGCCCCUGUGAACAAACCCUGUUCCCCUCCAGACACCCAGCUAGUCCACCCCAUACAUGGGGAGGAGAGG